CCAUGGGGCGCCCCUGGAGCCCGCGACCGCCGCCGCCCGUGGUGCUGCUGCUGCUGCUAAGUGCGGGGGGCCCCCUUCUCACAGAGAGUCGGCUCAUUAACAGCUGUAUCCAGGCCAGGAGGAAGUGCCAGGCUGACCCCAUUUGCAAUGCUGCCUACCACCACCUGCAUUCCUGCACCACUGGUAUAAGCACCCCAUUGCCCUCAAAGGAGCCAUCAGUCCCUGUGGACUGCUUAGAGGCAGCACAGCCCCUCAGGAACACCUCUCUGAUAGGCUGUACAUGCCAUCGGCGCAUGAAGAACCAAACUACCUGCCUGGACAUCUAUUGGACUGUUCACCCUGUCCGCAGCCUUGGUGACUAUGAGCUGGAUAUCUCCCCAUAUGAAGACACAGUGAUCAGCAAACCCUGGAAAAUGAAUCUCAGCAAACUGAACAUCUUCAAACCAGAUUGGGACCUCUGCCUCAAGUUUGCCAUGCUGUGUACUCGUAAUGACAAGUGCGACCAGCUGCGCAAGGCCUACGGGGAGGCGUGCUCCGCACCCCGCUGCCAGCGCCACGUCUGCCUCCGGCAGCUGCGCACUUUCUUUGAGAAGGCGGCGGAGCCCCACGCGCAGGGCCUUUUGCUGUGCCCGUGUGCACCCACUGACCGGGGCUGCGGGGAGCGCCGGCGCAACACCAUCGCCCCCAGCUGCGCGCUGCCUUCUGAGGCCCCCAACUGCCUGGAUCAGCGGCGCCUCUGCUUCUCCGACCUGCUGUGCAGAUCACGCCUGGUGGAUUUCCAGACCCACUGCCAUCCCAUGGACAUCCUAGGGACUUGUGCAACAGAGCAGUCCAGAUGUCUGCGAGCAUACCUGGGGCUAAUAGGGACUGCUAUGACCCCCAACUUUGUUAGCAACACCAACAUCAGUGUUGCCUUAAGCUGCACCUGCCGAGGCAGUGGCAACCUGCAAGAGAAGUGUGAACGGCUAGAAGGGUCCUUCUCCCACAACCCCUGCCUCAUGAAGGCCAUUGCAGCUAAGAUGCGUUUUCACAGCCAGCUCUUCUCCCAGGACUGGGCAGGCACUACCUUUUCUGUGAUGGAACGCCAGAAUAAAAACCCUGCUCGGAGGCCCCAGCCCUGGGCGCCCGCUCUUUUCUCCUGCACACUUACCUUGAUCCUGCUCCUGAGCCUCUGGUAGCUGGACUUCCCCGGCGCCCUCUUCCCCUCCACCACACCACGCUGGACUUGCAGCCUGUGAGGAGUGAGGAGAGGACAGCAUCAGAAAGGAGUUGCAGUGCUCAGUGUGACAAUCCUGAUCCCACCUGGCAGGUCCAGUCUGCUCCAGAUGAGGGAGGCCACAGUAGAAGCUAGGGGCUAUGGCCUCCAGAUCCCAUUCCCUCCACCCCUACCUCCACUUCUGACUCAGGCUGCCCCUUCUUAGGACUUGGUGACCACAGUUUAGCCAUGUCUUCUGGUAAAUAACCAACUCCACCGAGCUCUUUCCUGAUCCCUUCCUCCUGCCCACCAGGAUCAGCCUGAGUCUCACAAAUCAGUCAUUCUCUAUUGCAUUCUCCAGGUAGGCAGGGCUAGGUGUUCUGAGGCAGCCUAGAAAGACA